AUGAAUAAAAAAUUAACAAAAAUAAUUGAAAAAGAUAUAAUAAUAUUAUUAAUAAAUUAUUUAUUAAUUCCAAAAAAUAAAAAAUAUAUUAAUAAAAAUUUUUAUUAUUCAAAAUUGGAAUUUUAUUGUUACCAAGAUGAAAUUUUAAAUUUAUGUUUGGUUUCAAAAGAAUGGUAUUUUUUUAUUUCCCCACUCAUUUCAUAUGAAAUAAUAAAAGAUCAUGGUGAAGAUAUAAUUAUGGACAAAUGGUUUAGAAAAGAAUUGUAUCAAAAUCAAUUUUUAGAAGAUUUUGGAAAUAUUUCAAAGAUUAAUAAUUCAAUGAAAAGUAUUAAACCAAGUAGAUAUUUAAAAAACAAACCAAUUUAUAUAUGGUUAAUGUCAAUUUCAAAAUAUAGUUUAAGCAAAAAAAUAAUUUCAGACUUUUUUAGUAAUAAAAUUAUAAUUAUAAAAAGUAAUGGUAAAAAUUACCCAGAUACAGAAAAAUAUAAAAAUUUUCAAAGAGUAUCUUUUAUUUAUGUAGAUGAUAUGUUAAAAAACUCAAAAUACUCAUUUCCACUCAUCCCAAAUCGUCAAUUACUGUCUGAAAUUGUAUGUUUUAAUAAACCUUUAGGUGAAGAAUUUAAAUUUUGGAAAAAGGAAUCAAAUAACUUGGUUGUAUAUAAAUAUUUUUAUAGUCCUCAUUUUAUUUAUUGUUUUUGUAAAUUUGAUAAUUUUAAUAAAGUAAUUGAAUUAAAAAUUGAUAGUUUUCAAUUUAUUCAUUUAAUUAAUAAUGAUCUAACUCAAUUAAAACAUUUAAAACUUUAUUCAAAACCAUUUUCAUUACAUGCAAGUACAUUUCAACCGGGUACUUUGAUAUCUUUGAAUAAAAGAUGUCCAACUUUAAUAACACUUGCAAUUAAAGUACCGUUUCAUUUAAUAAACAAACAUUAUCAUGGAUGUAAAAUAACUAAACAAUGUUUUAAUGGAGAUAAUCUUUCAAAAAAUAUUUCCAAAGAAUGGAAUGAAUUGAUAGUCACACUUUCUAAUAAUACAUCAAUUGUGAAUCUAACCAUUUCAAAUUUUCCAUGUGAAUAUUCUCUAAAUCCAAUAAAAUGUUAUCAAUAUUCAAAUUUAGAAUUUAAUGAAACUACAAUCAAAUGUAUAUCAGAUGGAUUUUAUAAUCUUAUUAAAAAUAAUAAAACCAUAAAAUUUUUAAGAUUAAUAAAUAUUGAUUGUAGUGUUUCUCCAAAUUCAUUUUCAGCUUUACUAUUUAAUUCGUCUAUUAAAACUUUAGUAAUUCAUAAUUUUUCAAUAGGACCUUCAUUCUCUACGUCGAUAAUUGAAUAUUUAUUCUCAAAUAUAUUUAAUAAAAAUGUUUCAUCUUCAUCAUCACCAUCACCAAAUACAACUUAUAAUUAUUCAUCAAUUAGAAGAAUCAAAUUUUCUGUUGAUAAAAUGAAUUUAUAUUCAAAUGCUAAAUGGAUUUCAUUCAUUUUAAAUUGUAUGAAAAAGUAUCCAAAUACAACACUUUAUUCAAUUCAAUUAUCAAUAGAAAUAUUCGAUAAUUAUGAUGAUGUAAUUUCAUUAUUUCAAUCACCAAACUCAAUUUCAAUAAAUGAAUUGAUUUUAGAUUUUCCAUAUAAUGAUAAUUAUCGUAUGGUAAAUAAAAGCCAAAUUAUAGAUAAAAUUCAAGAUUUAAAAAAACAAAUUCAAACGACCAUCAACAACGACAAUAACAAAAGUUAUAAUAAAACAUUGGUAUCUUUUUUUUUAGGCAAAAAUUAUACACCUCUAGAGGAAUUUUCUUGA